UCAAACGAACCACCACAAAGAUUCGUUUGACUUCCAGGGACGAGCCUCCCUCUCGGCCACUUCUUCUUCUUUCCCCUCGCACGGUUCUGAAACUAUACCCACGAACACAUCUGUAAUAAUUAACCCAAAAGACAGCUGCUUUCUAGUUUAACCUCGUACACCAAUCAGAUUGUUUUUCACACUUCAUCAAAUACUGAGGUUGUCAAGUCUCCUUUUUGGGGUUGUUGUUUUCUAGAAAAUGGAUCCAAACAUCUCCCUCAACGGCUUCGAGUACCUCGACGAGAGUCUCUUUCUCGAUUCGUCUCCAUCAUUCGAUUUCGAUCGAAACCCUAGCUUCCUCGCUGACCCAACGGAGGAGCCUGAUGAAAACGAUUCCUCCACUACUCUGCUGAGGUACGUGACUCAGAUCCUCAUGGAAGAGAGCGUUGGCGACAAGCAGUCCAUGUUCUACGACUCGUUGGCGUUACGAAAAACCGAAGAGAUGCUGCAGCAAGUGAUCACAGACUCUAAAGCUCACUCCUUUACUACUAGCGACGCUAGCGGGAGCAUAGGGUCGUCGUCGAGUAAUCUGCCUGUGAAUGAGAUUGUUGUCAAGAGUAUGUUUAGUGAUGCGGAGUCGGAUUUACAGUUUAGGAGAGGGCUCGAGGAAGCUAGGAAGUUUCUUCCUAACAGCGACCAAUGGGUGUUCAAUUUUGAAAGACCCGUUGAAGUUAUUAAAGAAGAGAUGGGAUUGAGAGUUAAGAAGAGUCACGAGAGAGAGUUUCUUGAUCUUGAGGAAGUUAGGAGUAGUAAGCAGUCUGCUACUAACGUUGAAGACGUGGAGGUUACAGAUAUGUUCGACAAGGUUUUGCUUCUCGAUGGUCAAUGCGAUCCACAAACAUUGUCAGAGAACAAACAUCAACAAACGAAGAAGAAGAAGAAGAAGAAGAAGAGCAAGAAGAAGAGUCAGGUUAUUGAUUUCCGCACGCUCCUCACUCACUGCGCACAAGCCAUCUCCACAGGGGACAAAACCACAGCUCUUGAUCUCCUAUUGCAGAUAAGGCAAGACUCCUCUCCACAGGGCGACGCGUCGCAGAGGCUAGCUCACUGCUUCGCAAACGCUCUUGAGGCGCGUCUGCAAGGAACCACAGGCCCUGUCAUCCAGACUUACUACAACGCCAUCACCUCGUUGAAAGAGACGGCUUCGGAUAUACUGAAAGCAUACAGAGUCUACCUCUCUUCGUCUCCGUUCGUGACCUUGAUGUACUUCUUCUCCUUCAGGAUGAUCCUCGACGCGGCGAAAGACGCCGAGGUUCUUCACGUAGUCGACUUCGGGAUCCUCUACGGGUUCCAAUGGCCUAUGUUUAUCCAGUACAUGUCCGGGCGCAAAGACGUGCCGAGGAAGCUAAGGAUCACCGGGAUAGAGCUGCCUCAGCGAGGGCUGCGUCCUGCUGAGCGUAUAGAGGAGACGGGGAGGAGGUUGUCUGAGUAUUGCAAACGGUUCAACGUGCCGUUUGAGUACAAAGCCAUUGCGUCUCAGCACUGGGAGACCAUACGGUUAGACGAGUUUGACAUCAGACCGGGCGAGGUUUUAGCGGUUAACGCUGGCCUUAGGCUCAAGACUCUUCAAGACGAGACGGGUGGGGAAGAGACUUGCCCGAGAGACGCUGUUUUAAAGCUGAUAAGGAAGAUGAACCCUGAUGUGUUUGUACACGCCAUUGUGAACGGUUCAUUCAACGCGCCCUUCUUUAUAUCCCGGUUUAAAGAAGCGGUUUAUCAUUACUACGCUCUGUUUGAUAUGUUUGAUUCGACGCUGCCGAGGGAUAACCAGGAGAGGAUUAGGUUCGAGAGGGAGUUUUACGGGAGGGAGGCGAUGAAUGUGAUAGCGUGCGAGGAAGGGGAUAGGGUGGAGAGGCCGGAGACGUAUAGGCAGUGGCAGGUGAGGAUGGUUAGGGCGGGGUUUAAGCAGAAACCGGUUAGGGAUGAGAUUGUGGAGUUGUUUAGGGAGAAGCUGAAGAAGUGGAGGUAUCAUAAAGAUUUUGUGGUUGAUGAAAAUAGUAAGUGGUUGUUGCAAGGGUGGAAAGGGCGGACUCGUUAUGCUUCUUCCUGUUGGGUUCCUGCUUAGUGUUUGUAGUUCUUUUUUUUUUUUUGUUACAAAAGAUCAUGUAAUCUUAGGAAUAUAUAAUAUAUCUUGUAGGUUUUCAAGAUUUUUUAGCUCAAGUUCAC